AGCGACUUUUGAUCCUUAUUUAAAACCCACUUUCCUCUUCGUCUUUCACAACUUUCAGUCUGGUUCCUUCAACAAUACAAGCAUCUGAUAGUCAUGGCUGAUGAUCUGAACUUGAGCAUGAAGCUUCUGAUAGACCCCAAAGGCCGCAGGGUCCUGUUUGCCGAAGCAGGUAAGGAUGCUGUUGAUUUUCUAUUCAGCAUUCUUUCAUUGACUCUUGGUAGUGUCGCAAGUUGUAAAAAUCCGCUGUGGAGCAUUGGGAAUCUGUACCAGAGCAUUGAAGAUUUGAAGGAUCUGCAUAUGAUUUCCAAAAAAAACAUCGACUUUCUUGUGAACCCAGUGCUAAUCACAUGCCCUACUACUACUGCAAAUUCUAAUUCCCCUCUAAGGUUACUGAGUGCUGAUCAAUCAUCACAAACAAAGAAAUCCUACUACAAGUGUCCUGCUAACUAUGGUUACAGUAAUUGUCGUACAUAUGUGACUCUUGAUCCCAAAUCCCUUUGUCCACAAUGCUCGACGACGAUGUCCUCUCCCCUGAGCCUUGUUUCUCCGAGAAAUGAAGGGUCUUCGUCGUCCUCGUCGUCCUCCUCCUCCUCCUCUUCUUCUUCUUAUUUUGAGAGUGGUUUUGUGAAGGAUCGUGUGACUUAUAUGAUAAUGGAUGAUCUGGUGGUGAAGCCUAUGUCUACUAUUUCUAGCAUUACUUUGUUUAACAGGUUAAAUCUCAAAGAAAUGGGUGCUCUUGAAGAGAAGACUGUCACUCUCACUGUUGAUAAGGUUGGGAAGUUGCUGAAGGCCGCGUUGCAGACUAAGAAAGUGCUAACAAAUGUUUUCUUUGAAGAAAAGAUAGUGGUUGAAGAGGAGAAAUCAUUGGAGUCAGUUGAUUGAUGCCAUUGUAAUUAGUAAACUUUACAUAGGCAAUGCAAGGUUGGGAAUUUAGUUAAUCUUCAGUUUUCUUUUCUGCAGUGAUCUGUAUGUGUGUGUUGGAAACUGUUUUGUAAUAUCUCAAUAAUGUAAGAAGUUGUUUUUGAAUCCUUGUUCAGGUGUAUCAUAUUGGGAUGAAUGUAGUGUGUUUUUUUUUUC